GCAAAUAUUUCGAUGGAUACCCUUUUUUUUUUAUAGUAACUAACCAAAUCUGCCCUACAUGUGUGUGGAUCGCGAUGUGCCCUCUCCCUGUAUAGGUAUACACUCAUUCUACACAGCACAUACGGCAUUCCCGUCCAUGCUUCGGGCCUACCGCUCUCCCGGCAUGUAAGAUCGCUACCGGAGUCGAUCUGAUGCGAUGUUGCCCUCCAUUCCCGAACUACCGCGCAAGCUGCGGGCCCGCCGGGACGGUAAAUGGCCCUCUAUCAUAAAGAUAACCAGUUCUACUUUUUAUCGUCAUUACCCUCAGGAAAACACUUCCUAUGCCAACCCUCCUUUCUUCGCUGGCCUCAAGUUCAACUUACCGUCCGACAAGGCGACCACCUGGUGCGUCAUUGGGCCGUCGCUGAGCGGGAAGACCACCUUCUUACAGGCUCUGAGGGGAGAUCACUUUUGCGAUCCUCCUACCGCCCGAAGCUACCCGUAUUUGUCUUCACCCAAGACGAACCCCAAGUCGAGGGUACCGCAACUGGCUAUCGAGUACGUCGGGUUCGGCAACGAUGGCCUCUCGACGAACCUGACAACCUCGGCCUACAUGUCGGCUCGGUACGAGUCGAAGCGCGAGAAGACGGACUUCACUCUCAGGGACUUUCUCGCGGGACGUACCCAUUUGAACGGGCCGCCCGGCCUCAAUCCGAAUUCUAGCAAAAUUUUGCAAAGAGCUGCCGAGUUGAGUAUAUUCAGGUUUUUAAACUUACCCGUCACCGUUCUAAGUAAUGGCCAGGCCCGACGGGCUCGAAUCGCGAAGGCUUUGAUCAAGGAGCCUCGGGUCUUACUGCUCGACGAGCCGUUCAUGGGCCUCGAUCCGAAUGCUGUUCUCACGCUGAACGAAACCAUCGGAAAACUGGCUCGGAAAUCUUUGACGACGCAAAUCGUGCUGAGCGCGCGGCCGCAAGAUCCCAUCCCCAACUGGGUCACACAUUUAGUCUACCUGAAGAACGAUGGUGAUAUAGCCAGUAUAGGCCCGAAAGAGGAGGCUUUAGCAGUGCUGAAGGGGUAUGCGAACAGCAUGUUGAGGGGAGCAUCACCCGACUUGAUCAAGGUGUCUUUAGACGACCUGGCUCACAUGGGCCGGGCCAUAACUACUAGAGGACUUCAAGCAGGAUCGUUUUUGAACAAGCCGGUUCAGAGGCCUUCCACUGCGUGUUCUCCGAUCGUGGAUCAAGAGGAGGGAGAGGUACUCGUGAAACUGGAUGGAUGCCAAGUGAAAUAUGAAGACCAGGUUGGGAUUUGGGAGUGGUCGGAAAACGCCCGCGGAGCGAAGAAGGCAGGUCUCGUGUGGACCCUCCGACGAGGCCAGAGAUGGGGUAUCUUUGGGCCGAACGGCUCGGGGAAGACGACGCUCAUUUCUCUUAUUACCUCCGAGCACCCUCAGGCCUAUUCGUUGCCUAUCGAGGUCUUCGGUAGAAGCAGGCUACCAGAGCCUGGAUCCGACGCGCUACCGUUAACAAUUUGGGACAUUCAAGCACGCAUUGGGCAGGCUAGCCCCGAGAUCCAUCGACAUAUGCCGCGAGAUCUCACCGUGAGACAAGUUAUCGCGAGCGCGUGGGCAAACACCUUCCGCACCAAACCCGUCCUUACCGAGAAGGCAAAGGAUGACAUCAAUGCUUGCCUACGGUGGUUCGAGUCCGAUUUGAAUCCGUCCUACGUACCGACAUGGGCGUCACAGUCAGACGUGAAAGACACAAAGUGGGCGGACCGCCUCACGUUCGGAGAGCUAUCCUUCUCAGCGCAGCGGGUGGCACUGUUCCUGCGAGCCAUCAUUAAGAAGCCAGAUAUCGUCGUGUUGGACGAGGCGUUGAGUGGGAUGGAUAGCGGCGUCCGGGACCGCUGCCUGCUCUUCCUCGAACACGGCGAGACGCAAAUGUACGUGAGAAAUAAAACUGGCCAGCCGACCAUUGUCGAGAACAAUCCGUCGACAGCGGGCAGGCCGCAGUUGAAGGGCCUAGAGAGAACCCAGGCUCUAAUAUGCAUCAGCCACAUUAAGGAGGAGGUACCGGACUGUGUUCGGCGGUGGAUAUAUCUACCUAAGCCGGCUCGCAAAAAGAGGUGCGCCCGAAUGGGAGAGCUAACCGGGCCCAUCGCACAGGACAGCAUAACCUGGGAAAAUAUAUGGGGUGCGACUGUGAAGGAACUUAAACGACCCUGAUUCCGUAGCCGAGUGGAUAGUUGGACCACCCUCUACGUACAUACAUAUACUCUAUGUACGUGUGUAUUUACUAUAAUCCCAUCCCAUGUCCAA